AGUUGCUGCGUCGUGGAGCUGUGUUGUGACAGUGGAUCCUCCGGACCAGCAGGUGGCGCUCACACGUUGAACGUCCUCUCGGUAAAACAGCUCUGUUUCCUCUCAGAUGAUAGCGCUCUCUCUGCAGUCCAAACGUCAUGCUCCCCCGGGCGGGUAAAGAGUUUCUAGUCCGGAUACGGUUCUCCUGGAGGCCGUUAUUCCAGGGACGAUACCUGCUGCUCACCAACACGCUGAGUGGAGGAGGUAUGCUGGCACUGGGAGACAUGCUGCAGCAGAGCCGGGAGAUCAGCAAGGAGCCAGACAGAGUCCGAGACUGGAGGAGGACAGGUUGCAUGUUUAUGGUGGGCUGCUCGAUGGGUCCAUUGUUGCACUACUGGUACAGCUGGCUUGACAGAGUGUAUGUUGGAAAAGCUAUGAGCACGGUGGGCAAGAAAGUGCUGGUGGACCAGCUGAUCGCCUCACCAACAAUUGGAAUGUGGUAUUUUUUAGGUAUGGGUCUCAUGGAGGGACACACUUUAUCCGAAGGAUGGGAGGAGUUUAAAGACAAAUUCUGGGAAUUUUAUAAGGCGGACUGGUGUGUUUGGCCUGCGGCUCAGAUGAUCAACUUCUACUUCCUCUCGCCCAAAUUCCGCGUUGUGUACAUCAACUUUAUCACCUUAGGGUGGGACACAUAUCUAUCCUACCUCAAACACAGAGAUAGCAGCCUGCAGGAAGCGCCCCCACUAUCCAAACCUGUGGAGGAGAAAACUUGAAGACCAGAGUUCACGCUCAACUGUGAAGUCGUUCAUUGGAGACAAAAGAACGUUUUGUUUGUUUUUUUUCAUGUUGAAACUUUUCCACAUUUUGCAAAAUGUUGCAAGGCUGUAAAACAUUUUGUUAGUCGGGUUUUUUUCCCUCUCUUAAGUCUAAACCGACCACGUCUGUAUCUGAUUUCAGAGGAGUUGUGGAUGUUUAAGUUGAAGUGCUGGAACACUUUUCCCUUCAUGUCUGGAGAGUUUUAAUGUGUCUGUCCAGUUUGUUUGUUUUAUUUAUGUCAGAAUGAAGUGCACUCCUGCGGAAGCAUUCAGGGAUGAGAAGCGGUUCACUGCCUGUCAUAUCUAAUACUGCUGAUAGUAGUGUUUUUCUUUUUGUCACAACUUAGGCACGAGCGUAACUGCUGCCAUUAACAGGGCAAUCAGCAAGACACGAAAUGAAAUAUUAAUUUCCAAAAUUCCAGGAUCAUUUUGUCAUGCUGUUGCACUAUUUUAUUUCUGUGCCCUUUUAGUGUUUAGUUUCUGGUUUGACAUGAAAGAAUCAUUAUUAAUGUGAAACAGCUUCAAUAAACAGUUGCUGUUUUUAAAUCUAUAUUAUAUUAACCUGCAUAAACUUUGCCUUAAUCUGUA